CCACGAGAGGCUGCGGGGGGGAGAGCAGCGCGAGCACCGGCGAGUCCAGAGCGCAGGCUGGAGAGGAUCCGCUGGACGGCGAGGAGAGCUGAGGGGGGGCCGGGACGUGUUGGAGACCCUCGCUGAGGCCGGAGACGAGGAGCAAGAGGAGCCGCCAGAGGAUCCUCCUCAUCUGGAACGCCGCCGUCGCCGCCGGAGGCGGGAUUCGGGACGGACUGAGCAGCUCUGGCUGACUUGCAGCCAUGCAUCGUUUGAGGACUACAGUGUCGAGGCUCCGGCCUCUGACAGCGGCGCGGACGGCCCAGAGCCUGCCGCCGCCGCUGCCCCGACCCCCCGCCGCCACGGACGGCGGCCUCAGGACGUUUCAGCCCGCGAGGCUCUUGAACACGCCGCUGGCCUCCGAGCCGUUUCUCAACGGCACCAGCUCCAACUACGUGGAGGAGAUGUACUACGCCUGGCUGGAGAACCCCAGGAGCGUGCACAAGUCCUGGGACGUAUUUUUCCGUAACGUGAACGCCGGGGUGCCGCCGGGCGCCGCCUACCAGAGCCCGCUGUCCCUCGGCGGGACGCCGCCGACGCUCUCGGGGCCGCAGACGGCGGCGGGCGCUCAGGCGGACACGCAGCGGCUGGUGGAGGACCACCUGGCCGUGCACACGCUGAUCCGGGCCUACCAGGUUCGAGGGCAUCACAUCGCCAAGCUGGACCCGCUGGAGAUCAGCUGCGUGGACUUCGACGACACGCCGUGCGCCGUGGGCUUCCAGAACGUCGGUUUUUACGGGCUGGCCGAGAGUGACCUGGACAAAGUUUUCCGACUUCCCAAAACCACGUUUAUCGGCGGUGACGACGGCGGCCUGCCUCUCCGAGAGAUUAUCCGACGCCUGGAGGUGGCGUACUGCCAGCACAUCGGCGUGGAGUUCAUGUUCAUCAACGACGUGGAGCAGUGUCAGUGGAUCCGGCAGAAGUUCGAGACUCCGGGAAUCAUGCAGUUCACCGAGGAGCAGAAGAGGACGCUGCUGGCCCGGAUGAUCCGGUCGACCCGGUUCGAGGAGUUCCUCCAGAGGAAGUGGUCUUCGGAGAAACGGUUCGGCCUGGAGGGCUGCGAGUCGCUCAUCCCGGCUCUCAAGACCAUCAUCGACAAGUCCAGCGAGAGCGGCGUGGAGAGCGUCAUCAUGGGGAUGCCUCACAGAGGCCGACUCAAUGUUCUGGCGAACGUCAUCCGCAAAGAACUCGACCAAAUCUUCUGCCAGUUCGACUCCAAGUUAGAGGCUGCAGACGAGGGCUCCGGAGACGUCAAGUACCACCUGGGCAUGUACCACAAGAGGAUGAACCGGGUGACGGACCGGCCCAUCACGCUGUCCCUGGUGGCCAACCCGUCCCACCUGGAGGCCGUGGACCCGGUGGUGCAGGGCAAGACCAAAGCCGAGCAGUUCUACCUGGGGGACUCGGAGGGCAAGAGGGUGAUGUCCAUCCUGAUCCACGGCGACGCCGCCUUCGCCGGCCAGGGCAUCGUGUACGAGACGUUCCACCUGUCCGACCUGCCGUCCUACAGCACCCACGGAACCGUGCACGUCGUGGUCAACAACCAGAUCGGCUUCACCACAGACCCCCGGAUGGCCCGGUCAUCGCCGUACCCGACGGACGUGGCCCGAGUCGUCAACGCUCCCAUCUUCCACGUCAACGCCGACGACCCCGAGGCCGUGAUGUACGUGUGCAACGUGGCGGCCGAGUGGAGGAACACGUUCCACAAGGACGUGGUCGUGGACCUGGUGUGCUACCGGCGUAACGGCCACAACGAGAUGGACGAGCCGAUGUUCACGCAGCCGCUGAUGUACAAGCAGAUCAAGAAGCAGAAAGCCGUCCUGCAGAAGUACGUGGAGAAGCUGGUCGGCGAAGGAGUCGUCACCAUGCAGCAGUACGAGGAGGAAGUGGCCAAAUACGACCGAAUCUGCGAGGAGGCCUACACUCACUCCAAAGACGAGAAGAUCCUGCACAUCAAACACUGGCUGGACUCGCCGUGGCCCGGUUUCUUCACGCUGGACGGUCAGCCCAGAAGCUUGAACUCUCCCUCCACCGGACUCCCGGAGCAGGACCUCGUCCACAUCGGGAACAUCGCGGCGUCGGUGCCGGAGCAGGACUUUACCAUUCACGGAGGUCUGAGCCGCAUCCUGAGGGGCCGAGCCAACAUGGUGUCCCAGCGGGUGUGCGACUGGGCGCUGGGGGAGUACAUGGCCUUCGGGUCCCUGCUCAAAGAGGGGAUCCACGUCCGGCUCAGCGGGCAGGACGUGGAGCGAGGAACGUUCAGCCACCGUCACCACGUCCUUCAUGACCAGAAUGUGGACAAGAGGAUCUGCAUCCCCAUGAAUUACAUCUCGCCAGAUCAGGCUCCCUACACCGUCUGCAACAGCUCCCUGUCCGAGUACGGCGUCCUCGGUUUCGAGCUGGGCUUCGCCAUGGCCAGCCCCAACGCUCUGGUCCUGUGGGAGGCUCAGUUCGGAGACUUCCACAACACGGCCCAGUGCAUCAUCGACCAGUUCAUCAGCUCCGGACAGGCCAAGUGGGUCCGUCAGAACGGCAUCGUGCUGCUGCUGCCGCACGGCAUGGAGGGAAUGGGUCCCGAACACUCGUCAGCUCGACCAGAGAGGUUCCUGCAGAUGUGCAAUGACGACCCAGAUGUUUUCCCCAAACUGACAGAAGACUUCGAGGUGCGUCAGCUGUACGAAUGUAACUGGAUCGUGGUGAACUGCUCCACUCCCGCCAACUACUUCCACGUCCUGCGCAGACAGAUCCUGCAGCCCUUCAGGAAGCCUCUGAUUGUUUUCACCCCGAAGUCUCUGCUGCGCCACCCAGAGGCCAAGUCCAGCUUCGACGACAUGCUGCCCGGAACACAUUUCAAGCGUGUUAUUCCGGACGACGGACCCGCGGCGGCUCACCCACAAAAUGUGAAGAGAGUCGUCUUUUGCACGGGGAAGAUUUACUACGAACUGAUCCGGGAACGCAAGAACCGAGGCAUGGACGACAGCGUGGCCGUGGUCCGCAUCGAACAGCUCUCUCCGUUCCCCUUCGACCUGGUGAAGGCCGAGUCGGAUCGAUACCCAAACGCAGACCUGGUGUGGUGUCAGGAGGAGCACAAGAAUCAGGGAUACUACGACUACGUGAAGCCUCGCAUCCGCACCACCAUCGAGCGCUCGCGGCCCGUCUGGUAUGCGGGUCGUGGUCCUGCCUCGGCUCCAGCUACGGGGAACAAACAGACUCACCUGUCGGAGCUGCAGCGGCUGCUGGACACGUCCUUCGACCUGUCGGCCUUCAACUUCUCCUCCUGAGGCGUUCGGCUCCAUCAAGCCUCCAUUUUUUUUAUCCUCCAUUGAUGUAUUUCAGGUUUUUUUUCCCUCCAAUCGUUCAUUUUAUUCCCACAUCAGAGGUGUUAAGAGACCAAACGCACAAUAACUCUCAGACUUUUAACACUGUUACCGAAUCGACCUGCGGUGAAUGUACCAACUCUUAAUUUAAAAGAAACUUUUACUUUGUGAUCUUUUUUUUUUUUUUGCUUUUAUCUUCAAUAAUGCAGCCAGUCAACCUGUUUUAAUCUUUUUUUCCCAGUUGAUGAUCUGCAGAUGAUGUUCAUAUUUAAAAGACAUGUUUUGGGAAACAAUGUGAUUUGGUUCCUUUAUUUCAUUAAAUCAGAAGCAGAGACGUUACAAUAUGGCAGAGUUAAACCAGCCAUCUGUGGCGAAAUGUUUAUUUUUGCUUAUCUAUCUAAAUCAACGAGACAAAGACGUUUG